AUGCAAACUGACUGGGAUCAGCACUUGGCAGCAGUGGAGUUUGCCUACAACAGCAGCCCCAACAUUGCCACGGGAGAGCCACCAUUUCUUUUAGCUACUGGACAGCUACCACGCUCAGUCACAUCCCUCCCUCACCCUCUUCAUUCCCCUAACCCCACAGCAGCAGAUUUCAUCUCUUCUCAUCACCGCAUUCUCCAACUUGCCCGAAGGAAGCUUCAGCUUGCACAAGAGCGCCAAGUUCGCUAUGCCAACCAGCAUAGGCGUCACACCACUUUCAGAGUUGGUGAUUUGGUGCUGCUUUCAACGGCUAACCUGCCCCUGCUGAAUGCUGGAACUUCUCGCAAGCUCGCACCCAGAUUCGUUGGACCAUUCCCCAUCACCAAGCCCCGCCCACCCAUGUUCUCUGCCCAUCCGGACCUGCAUGAGGUUGACACCAUCCUCUCACACCAUGACACUUUGGACGGUGCCUUCAGGGAGGGCAGAAUUCUGGCCGCGAGUGCACGAGUGCACGAGGGGGGCGCAGGGGAAGUGCGGGUGCUGGUGAACCCAACAACUUCAGAGAGCAUUGGCGUGAGGCAGGGGAAGAAGCAGACAGCGAAGCAGAAGCGAGUGAGGCGACUGAAGCGCAUGGUGGUGGUGGCGAGACAGGCGCGGGGGGAGGGCAGGAGGGGGGAGACGAGGAAGAAUGGGGAGGGGGAGGGGGAGUGGGAGGGGAAGUGGGAGGGGGAGGGAGCAGAAGAGGACGUAAUGGAAGAGGAGGGGUUGGGUGAGGAUGGGGGGAGGGAGAAGGAGAGGCGGAGGGAGAUGGAGAGGGGGAGGGAGAGGGAGAUGGGGGGGGAAGAGGAGGAGGAAGAAGUGGAAGAGGGGGGUGUGGUGCAUGGGGAUGGUGGGAGGCACGGGAUGGGAGGAGAGAAGGGUGACAGGAGAGGUGGGAGCGGAGUGGAGGGGAGAGGCAAGGGAGAAGGAGCAGAGAGUGGACGAGGGGGCGAUGCAUGGGAGGCAGACGGAUCGGAAUCGUGUGGAAGCGAGGGCGAGGGCGUGUGCGAGGGAGGAGAAAGCGAGGAGAGAAGGGAUGAAAGAAAGGGCAAGCAGGGGAGAAGAAGGGAUGGGAGGAGAGGGGAGGAGAGGUGGAUGGAGGGGAGGCGAAGGGAGGGGAGAAUAGAGGGCAAGGAGGAAGCGUGGCAUGUCGCUUGUUCCUCACCGCCCUGCUUCAAGCCUUCACCUGAGACAGCUUCUGAGGCCCCUCAAGACCUGCCUUUACACUCUCAUGUUUCUCACAACCCUUCCCUGAACCGACACCUGCCCCGCGCCCGUCACUGUACCCGCGUCCUCCCUCACACCCCCCUCUCCUUCCGCUCAGCCACCCACCUGCCUCUAGCUCCUCCUGUCCAGUAUGUGGAUAUGAAGCCGCUGGGACACACAAUGCUGGCCCACCACCCCCGUGGGGCUGAUGCUCAAGGAGAGGCCCUUCCCGCUCCCUUUUCCCCCACGCGCAAGGUGCAAUGCGGGAGCGAUGAUGCGGCGUGUGCUAGCAGGGUUGAAGGAGGUGCGGCAGGUGAUGCUUCCAAGGUGGAGGAGGUGCCUGGGCAGGUGAGGAGAGGGUGGGGGUUGUCAUGCGAUGACAGUGCUGUGGUGCGCAGUGGGAGGGCCAAGUGCGUGGUGCUGUGGCGCGCAGUGGGAGGGCCAAGUGCGUGGUGCUGUGGCGCGCAGUGGGAGGGCCAAGUGCGUGGUGCUGUGGCGCGCAGUGGGAGGGCCAAGUGCGUGGUGCUGUGGUGCGCAGUGGGAGGGCCAAGUGCGUGGUGCUGUGGUGCGCAGUGGGAGGGCCAAGUGCGUGGUGCUGUGGUGCGCAGUGGGAGGGCCAAGUGCGUGGUGCUGGCGCCUAACAUGGAGGAGGUGCCUGGGGAAGGUAAGGGGAGGAAGGUGCGGGGUGUGAUGGGAGGUGAAAGGAGGUGUAAGAGGGUCGUGCACAAGGUGGAAGUGUUGCCUGGGACAGGCAGGGAGAGAAGGGGAGUGCCUGGGGGCGAGAGGGGCAAGUGUGUGAUGGGACAUAGAGGAGGUGCCCGAGCCAGGGAAGCGGCAGUGGGGAGAGCAGCGGGGCACAGGCGGUGCACAGUGGGAGCAGGGGCAGUCCCGUGGCAUAAGUCCCGUGGCAACCCUGGACGAGAAUGCAGCCGUGCUUCAUCUGCAUCUUCCUCACGUGCACCUCACCUCUUCUCCACGCUGCGCAUUGCUCUCACCCUCACGGCGCCACUUCUGCCGCUUGCUUUGCAUCAUGCGCUCUAG